CCUCUCUUCCCAUUGGCCAAUUCCUUUACCCUCUCCAAUAUAUAUACCCAUAACAGGCGCCUAUCCUUUCACUUGUCUCUCUUUUUCUUUCCCACGUACUACACGCGCUGAUUUUGUUUAUUUUCAAUUUUUACGUUGCGGGUCUGAAAUGGCCGGUCGGGGCAAAACUCUCGGAUCCGGAGCGUCGAAGAAGGCGACAUCGAGGAGUAGUAAAGCCGGGCUUCAGUUUCCGGUGGGUCGUAUCGCUCGGUUCCUUAAGGCUGGGAAAUACGCUGAACGGGUCGGAGCUGGAGCUCCGGUUUACCUCGCCGCCGUUCUUGAAUAUCUUGCGGCUGAGGUUCUGGAGCUCGCCGGAAAUGCAGCCAGAGACAACAAGAAAACUCGAAUCGUGCCACGUCACAUCCAGCUCGCCGUAAGGAACGACGAAGAGCUGAGCAAGCUACUCGGAGACGUGACAAUUGCCAACGGCGGUGUGAUGCCCAACAUCCACAACCUCCUCCUCCCCAAGAAAGCCGGAACCUCGUCCAAGGCCUCCGGAGUUGAGGAAGAGUAGAUUAGAUUUCCAAAAAACCAGAGAGAACCCAUCCCUUUUCUCUCUGUGUUGAAGCAAUUCUGAGAUUGAACAGGUCCCAGAACUUGGCUCUGCUUGUUGUUCUAUUAGUUUUUACUUUUUCCAGUUUAGGGUUUGAAGAAGAAGAAGCUUAUUUAAUGCCAUUCGUGGAACUGUAACUUGUUGACACUGUUUAGGUAGUUGGUAGUUUAAUGUGAAUAUGAUCAAAGUUAUGUCUUCUACUUGCUUGAUAGAAGAGCUGUUGUGACCCAUUAUUUUUCUUGUCCAUUAAUGACAUGAAUGCAAGAUUUUAAGCUCAGUUUGUGUUGCUUUCUCUUAA